AUGUCAGCGGGCACAUGUAAGAAGAUGAAAAUGGAUCGAUCGUUUACUGGGUUGGCCUGGACGGUGACUCAAGAAUCACUUGCGCGAGAUUUAGCGGAAUAUCCCGCAGAUGAUGCAGAAACACCGGAGCAGAAUGAAUGUACUAGCUCUGGGGAUGAGUCUUCAGAGGCUUCCACAAUUCGCCAAUCGGAGGCUCAACACGCAAUGACGCAUUCGUAUCGGAGGCCGAGUUUUGUGGCUUUCGCUGGUACUCGUCCUGCUCUUACUCCCCAGUUCAAAGAUACAGCAUGGUUGAGCAAGAAGGAAAGACAUGACUCGAGGAACGAGGAAAGGAGUUUAUUGAGGGACAAUCAUCUAGCUCCACCGAAACAUCCCGAGCGAGUGAAGCGAAGCGCCUUCAACCGGUUAUACAGGAAAUUAUUUAGCACAAAAAUACCAAAGCCAGCGGGCGAUGAAGAAGCUGGAACGCCAUCGGAGACUUCAGCAUUGCUACCAAAUGGGCAGCACGAGUCUGCGCGUUCGCGUCACGAGAGACUAAACAGACAAUGGGAAGAAGCUGUAGCAGCAGGAAAGAUCAAAACAACAUGGCAACGAGAGGCGAAAACUUUACUGAGAUAUUCGAGCCCAUUGGUUGUGACUUUUGUCCUUCAAUAUUCCCUUACCGUUGCCAGUAUAUUCACGGUCGGACAUCUCGGAAAAAUAGAAUUGGGUGCUGUCAGUUUGGCUAGUAUGACAGCGAAUAUUAGUGGAUAUGCCGUCUAUCAAGGACUUGCUACAAGUUUGGAUACACUUUGUGCGCAGGCAUACGGGUCUGGUAGAAAAGGUCUAGUCGGAUUGCAAUUGCAAAGAAUGGUAUGGUUCCUUUGGGCUCUGACUAUACCAAUAGGCAUAAUUUGGUUGAGUGCCGAGAAAAUCCUGGAAACUAUCGUACCCAAUAAACGUUCCGCAGAGCUGGCAGGUCUAUAUCUUCGAGUUUUACUAUUCGGAGCUCCCGGAAUGGCCCUUUUCGAAAGUGCGAAAAGAUUCGUACAAGCACAAGGAUUGUUCUCUGCAACCACUUACGUUUUACUCAUCUGCGCACCUCUCAAUGCUUUCAUGAACUGGUUGUUUGUUUGGCAGUUUGAGUGGGGGUUUAUUGGAGCUCCAAUCGCUGUUGCUGUGACAGAUAAUCUCUUACCUCUUUUAUUAUUCCUAUACGUCCGAUUCGUGGAUGGAAAAGAUUGUUGGGAUGGGUUUACAUGGAGAGCUUUUCAUAACUGGGGUCCGAUGAUCAAACUCGCUCUUCCUGGCCUAGUCAUGGUGUUGGCAGAGUACUUAGCAUUUGAGGUUUUAACUUUAGCAUCGAGUUACUUUUCCGUAACGCAUCUUGCGGCUCAAAGUGUUCUUACUACCAUAACUGCUUUAACUUUCCAAAUCCCAUUCUCCAUUUCUAUUGCAGCUUCCACCCGUGUGGCAAAUCUUAUUGGUGCCACACUUUCAGAUGCAGCCAAAACUAGUUCGAAAGUGGCCAUCUAUGCUGCCUGCAUAGUCGGACUAUUCAACUUUACACUCAUUUCCUCCCUACGCAAUAUCGUGCCCCGUCUCUUCACCGACGACCUCGACGUUAUAAAAAUCGUCGCCAGCGUCUUACCUCUCUGCGCCGCAUUCCAACUCUUUGAUGCUUUGGCGGCAAAUUGUAAUGGCUUGCUCAGAGGAUUGGGAAGACAGGAGAUAGGUGGAUAUGUUAAUCUCUUCUGCUACUAUGUAUUAGCGAUGCCAAUUAGUUUUGGAACUGCAUUUGGAUUAGGAUGGCAAUUAGAGGGAUUGUGGUUGGGUGUUGCCCUGGCGUUGGGGUUAGUGGCAGCGAUUGAGGGGUGGUUCUUGGUUAGAACGGAUUGGGAGCGUGCCGUGGAGGCAGCACAAGAUCGAAAUGCAGCAGGAUGA